GGUGCUGGUGUGGCUGAUGCAGGGGGGGUUGGGUCUCCGUAUGGAAAGGAUGGCCUCCCAGCUGGAUCUGGUCUUGGUGGUGCUGGUGUGGCUGGUGCAGGGGGAGUUGGGUUUCCCUAUGGAAAGGAUGGUCUCACAGCUGGAGCAGGCAUUGGUGGUGCUGGUGCAGGGGGAGUUGGGGUUCCGUAUGGAAAGGAUGGUCUCCCAGCUGGAGUAGGUGUUGGUGGCGCUCAUGUAGCUGGUGCAGGGGGAGUUGGGUUUCCCUAUGGAAAGGAUGGUCUUCCAGCUGGAGCAGGCUUUGGUGCUGGUGUGGCUGGUGCAAGGGAAGUUGGGUCUCCGUACGGAAAGGAUGGCCUCCCAGCUGGAUCUGGUCUUGGUGGUGCUGGUGUGGCUGAUGCAGGGGGAGUUGGGUUUCCCUAUGGAAAGGAUGGUCUUCCAGCUGGAGCAGGCUUUGGUGCUGGUGUGGCUGGUGCAAGGGAAGUUGGGUCUCCGUACGGAAAGGAUGGCCUCCCAGCUGGAUCUGGUCUUGGUGGUGCUGGUGCAGGGGGAGUUGGAUCUCCCUAUGGAAAGGAUGGUCUCACAGCUGGAGCAGGCAUUGGUGGUGCUGGUGCAGGGGGAGUUGGGUUUCCCUAUGGAAAGGAUGGUCUUCCAGCUGGAGCAGGCUUUGGUGCUGGUGUGGCUGGUGCAAGGGAAGUUGGGUCUCCGUACGGAAAGGAUGGCCUCCCAGCUGGAUCUGGUCUUAGUGGUGCUGGUGUGGCUGAUGCAGGGGGAGUUGGGGCUCCGUAUGGAAAGGAUGGCCUCCCAGCUGGAUCUGGUCUUGGUGGUGCUGGUGCAGGGGGAGUUGGGUUUCCCUAUGGAAAGGAUGGUCUUCCAGCUGGAGCAGGCUUUGGUGCUGGUGUGGCUGGUGCAAGGGAAGUUGGGUCUCCGUACGGAAAGGAUGGCCUCCCAGCUGGAUCUGGUCUUAGUGGUGCUGGUGUGGCUGAUGCAGGGGGAGUUGGGUCUCC